UUAUUAUAUACAGAGGUCGCUACUGCACUCGUAAUCAUCAACUCCGUCAAUUUAAUUUGUUUAUAUUUAAUUUUUCGUUUGUUUGCUAUAAUUGUUUAUCCUAAUUCAAUUCGUGAUAGUUCAAAGUUUAUCAAGAAACGUUAUCUCGUCCUCUCUUUAAGUGAAUCUCUUUUUUCGAGGAAAAUUGAAAACUUUGUGCACUCAAAGAAAAAGUGUUAAUGACAGUAAUCUUCAAUUAAAUACUUAAGUGUCUGUGCGUGUAUCAUCUUAAAUUAGUACUUAUUACAGUGAGGAGUUUGAACGUUUUUAAAGUGUAAAAAGUGAAUCAUAGUAUUUCUGGUGAACAUUUAAUAAUAUAAUCCCAAGUUGUCGGUGCUUGUAAUAUUACUGUAUUCACUUUACCUGCUUUGCAAUAUUCUAAAACACUCCAUACUCUACUGAGGGAUAUUUUUACCAUAUGUGAUACAUACACGCUUGGCUCUUCAUUACACAUGGGUGCUUUGAACAGUUGAGACGAGGCGGGCACGAGAUCGCUUCCCGAAAAAAAAGGAUUAUUUUUCCUUUUUUUUUUUUUUUUUUUUAUAUUAUAAAGAAAAUAUUAUUUCAUAUUACUUUUAUCUUUCGCCUAAUAAAGAAAGCAUUAACUAUGAAUAAAUUUGGGUGUUGUACAUCUACUAAAGCAGAUCAAGCCAGCAUACUGAACUGUAAGCUCUGUCAGAUUUAUUUUCACUAUCGCUGUAUUUUUCCUCAAAAAGAGAACAAAAAAUUAUCAUCCGAUCUUAAAUCAUCGUGGAUUUGCCCCGAUUGCUCACAAAAAUGCCGCGUUCCGAACCAUCGUAAUAAAGAUAAUACACCUGUUCGUGGCAAUGCUCUUGACGUCAGCGAUAGUAAAGAGGAUUCGGCCGACGACAAUAUAACCCUGCGUGUUCGGCCGAAUCAAGACCAGAUCGGGCAGUCCCUAUCUCGGGAUAUACAGAAUAUUAUUAAAUCAGAAUUUAGUGCAAUGAAACUGGAUUUGAGCAGCAUCUCUAAUGAAAUUACCUCACUGAGACAAGAAAUACAGGAUAUCAAAAUAGCUAUGGGUUUUAUCAACGACGAACACAAUAAAAUUAAUGAUAAAAUAUUUCAAAUGGAGACAAAGUUCAAGGCUUUUGAUGCUUUAGUUGCCAGCGUUGAACACUUAAAGUCUGUAUCCGAAAAAAUAGAAAUGGAUAUAAAUACAAAGGAUCAGUGGGCGAGACGCUCUAACAUCGAAAUCUGUGGUAUUCCAGAAAAGAAGGGCGAGAACCUUCUUCGCCUCACAGAGGAAAUUGCUGUUAAGGCUGGUUUCGACUUGAAGCCCUCGGAUAUUGAUUUUGUUACACGUGUCGCAUCUAAUAGUCAAGUCAAUAAACCCAAACCCAUUGUUAUCCGUUUGCAAGCGCGCUAUAGAAAAGACGAUUUUUUGGCUUGCCUGAAAAAGUUGAAGUUAAUGUGUAGUGAUCUGGGCUUUGCAAAAAAUGACUCUCGUAUUUAUUUUAAUGACCAUUUAACUAAAUUUAAUAAAAUGCUCUUACAGCGGGCUAAAACUUUAUCUAAAGAGCAAAAAUAUAAAUAUGUUUGGGUCAAAAAUUGCUCAAUUAUGGUUAGAAAAGGUGACACCAGCCCUGUUAUUCAUAUUGCGAAUGUCAAUGAUUUAAAAAAAAUCAAAUAGGCGUUAUUAUGUUUCAAUUCUGUUUCUUUUUUCUAUGUUCAAUCUUAAUUAAUAUAUUUUAUUUAAAUACAAUUUCCUUAAAUGCUUUAUUACUGCGACUUUAUAACAAACUAAUGAUUACCAAACUUUAUUUGCUUGACAAGUGUAUGAACAUUUUUAUUAUUUUUAAUUUGUGUUUAUUAAUUAUGCUUAUAAUCCUCGGUCACCGUGUUGGAUCAUAAUAAUUUAAAAAUUUAUUAUCAAAAUGUUCGUGGGUUGCGCACCAAAACUAACUUAUUCUAUAAAAGCUUGCUUCUUAACGAUUUUGACAUUAUCUGUUUAAGUGAAACCUGGCUAUUGGAUUCGGUGCUUAGUUCUGAACUUUUUGACUAUCGUUAUAUUGUAUAUCGAUGCGACCGCAACUAUGAGGGUCGUGGUGAUAAAAUGGGCGGCGGAGUGCUAGUUGCAUUACGUCGUGAGUUUGAAGUACACAGUUUUGAAAGGGUAAUUUUUGAUCAAUUUGCAGCUGAAGCCAUAGUUGUUACUAUUCGUCUUAAA